UUGAGAUUAUUAACAAUAAAAAAAAAAUGUAUCGUCUUGCUUCUUCUUCUCAGACCACUUCACUCCAUUACAAGCUCUCACCUUUACUCCUCCGCCGCAAUCGCCGCAGCCACCAAAGUCAGCGACUUCACCGUCGGAAUAAUCAGAUUAGAGCAAUGAGAGCUGUAAUCCAGAGAGUCUCAUCUUCCUCUGUUACAGUGGAUGGUCGAAUCGUAUCGGAGAUUGGUCCUGGUCUCUUGGUAUUAAUUGGAAUCCAUGAAUCAGAUACCGAUUCUGACGCUGAUUACAUAUGUCGAAAAGUUUUAAACAUGAGAUUGUUCUCUAAUGAAACCACUGGCAAAGGAUGGGACCAAAAUGUGAUGCAGAGGAAUUAUGGAAUUUUACUUGUUAGUCAGUUUACAUUAUACGGAUUCUUGAAAGGUAACAAACCUGAUUUCCAUGUCGCAAUGCCACCUGAUAAAGCGAAGCCGUUUUACGCCUCUUUAGUCGAGAAAUUCCAGAAAGCAUAUAAUCCCGAUGCAGUAAAAGAUGGUGUGUUUGGAGCUAUGAUGCAGGUCAAUCUUGUAAACGACGGUCCAGUCACGAUGCAGCUUGAAUCACCCCAAUCCUCCAAAAAUGAGACAAAGGCAUCAACAGAAUCAUAAGAUCACUCAUCUUGUAUCGGCAAAACUAUAGUAGAAUAUAUAAAUUCAUGUGAAACAUUCAUAAUUCAUUGGACUGUAACUCUUAAUUCCUACAUUACAUGUACCUUCCUUGCUUUUAAUCCAAUGCAAGCUUCUAGAUU